AUGGGUUCAAACGACGUAAAUUUAAAAACCAAAGUAAAUUCGAAGAUCAAGGUUGUGGUGGGCAUGUCCGGAGGCGUUGAUUCAAGUGUUGUUGCACUACUUCUCAAACAACAAGGGUAUGAUGUGGAGGGCUUGUUUAUGCAAAAUUGGGAUACCCGGGAUGAGCAAGGACAUUGUUCAGCUGACGAAGACUAUAAGGACAUGCUAGACGUAUGCCAAAAACUGGGUAUAAAGGGGCAUCGGGUCUCGUUUGUUAAGGAAUAUUGGAAUGAUGUCUUCGAAGGGUUUCUGCAAUCGUACGAGAAGGGCCAUACACCAAACCCUGACAUAUUCUGCAACAAGGAAAUCAAAUUCAAAGCCUUCUUGAAACAUGCGACGGACAAUUUGGGGGCGGACAUGAUAGCAACGGGCCACUACGCUCAACGGGUACCCACUCCAGGUGGUGAUGGAUGGCAAUUGGCAAUGGGCUUGGACCAGGGCAAGGUACUGCCAACACUACACGCGAGUAAUUGA